AUGACUACAGGUUAUACAGAGUCCCUGGGUGGCGCAAACAGAUUCAAAAGAGCGAUACAAGUGGAAUCUCAAAGAAUGGCCACCUUGAGCUCUACCUACUGGAACGAAACCUCCACAUCUGUUUAUCAGUACCUCAGUUUUCAAGUUCAAAAGAUUUACCCUUUCCACGACAACUGGAAUACUGCCUGCUUUGUCAUCCUCCUUUUAUUUGUAUUUACAGUAGUGUCUUUAGUGGUGCUGGCCUGCCUUUAUGAAGUGCUUGACUGCUGCUGCUGUGUAAAAAACAAAACCGUGAAUGACUUGAAAAAUGAACCUAACCCCCUAAGAAGUAUGAUGGACAACAUAAGAAAACGUGAAACUGAAGUGGUCUAG